AUGAUAUUACCAGAAGGAGCAACUAUACAAAUUGAACUUCCAAGAUCAACGAGUGAUUCAAUAUCAUCGAUUACACCUGUAUAUAGCAUUUUAGGAAAUAGGGAUCGAUCAUUAAUAGCUGUAUGUUCGUCAGAUACAAUUUGUGUAUAUUUAGCAAAGCCACAAAUUUUAUUAGCAUCAUACAAAAGAGAUACAGAAGAAGUAUAUGAAAAAGGUGAAUAUAAAAGAUUAUAUUGGAAAUAUGAUUCAAAAGCAAUUUUUGUUUCAACAUCUAAAGCUUAUGCUUAUAUAUAUAAAGUUGACAUAUCAGAUGAGCAUUGUUUAGAUUUAUUUGAUUCUGGAAAUAAUGAUUUUAGUAGAAAAUCUAAAGAAUUAUUUAUCAAAUUUCCAAAUAUUUCAAUAACUUUAAAACAUACAGUUAUGAUUAAAUUACAAGCAAUUAUAACAUCUUUAGUACCAUUAAAAGAAGAAAUAUUUCUUGCAUUAAAUGAUGGUUGGAUUCAUAGAUUAUCUUGGGAAGGUGAUUUUUUAGAAGAUAUGUCAUUUCAAGUAUGUGAUAUACCAUUUAAUAUGGAUCAAAUAAAUCCAAAAACAACUAAAAAUUUACCUCGCCACUGUUUUAUAGUUGAUAUGAUAUAUUGUCCUUUAAUAGGUGGUAUAGCAACAGUUUUUAAUAAUGGGCGUGGUGGUUUAUUAAUUUCAAAUAGUCCAACAUUUGAAAAAGAUAAUAUUUUUGCUAUAUUUGCUGGAAAAUCAUCUGAUUAUACAACUGUCUCAACAAAUCAUAAAUAUCGUUUAAUAUAUUUUGGUAAAAGAAAUGGUGGAAUUUCAGCGUAUCAUAUUGAUGAAAGCAAUGGAUCAUUAGUACAAUCAUUUAAAAUUGAAAUAAAAUUAUCCGAUUCGACAGAAUUAUUAUCAUAUGUUGGUGCAUGUACUUUAAUACAAUGUUUACCACAAGGUAACUCAUUUGCUGCUAUGUUUAAAUCAUAUAAUAGUAAUAUUCCAAUUCUUGCCAUAUUCUCUCCAUUUGGUGCACAAUGGUGGUGUACAUUAGAAAAUGACUCAUUAAGAAAUGAAAAUUUUUUAUGUGGUAAAUUAACAGCAUUUGAUUUUGGUACAGAAGGAUUUAGUUUAUGGGUUGGAACUGGAACUAAUAAUCAUUUAACAAUAAUACCUUUAGCACGUAAUAUAAUGAUAAAUCAUCCAGCUAUGGAAAGUGUUAAUAAUAUUAUUAUGCUUUCUGAUAGACAUGUUCAUUGUAGUCCAUCUAGAGAAAGAGAAAAAAAUAGUAGAGCAUCAUAUGCAAUAUGGAAUAGUAUCGAAAUACCAUUUGAUUAUAUUUCUCUUAAUUGGCCUAUAAGAUAUGUUGCAUGUGAUGAAUAUUGUGAAAAAUAUUUAGCAGUUGCUGGUACAAGAGGUUUCGCAAUUUAUAAUUUAGUUAAAAAAAGAUGGAGAUUAUUUAGAAAUGAACAACAAGAAAAUAAUUUAUCUGUUACGGGUGGCAUGAUAAUAUGGAAUAAUUAUUUAAUAUGUGUCAGUUGUGAUAUAGAAAAAAAUCAAGAAGAAAUAUUAUUUUAUAAUUUAUUAACUGGUCUUGAUGCUUCAUCUGCAUAUAAAUAUCCUAUUCCUAAUAGAGUAACAAUGAUAAAUUUUAGAAGGAUGUAUUUAAUGACAUUAGAUGUUCAAUCAAUUAUAACAAUAUAUCAUAUAUCACUUUCAUCAUCACAAAUAAAAGUAGAGACUUGUGCAGAAAUAAAAAUAAAUGAAUUAUUACCACAUCCAACAUGUGUUGUUUCAAUUCAUCUUGCAACAUCAAAUAAUAAUUCUGAAUCCCCAAUAUUUUGUCCAGGUUUAGAUACAAUUUUAAUAAAUAUUUCUGGAAAUUUAUUAGUUAUAAGUCCACAAAAUAAAGAAAUAGGAUCUAGUCAUUCUGGUAAUUCUUUUGAUAAAUCAAAAGUUUUUCAAUUACCUCAACCAAUAUUAAUUGCAUCAUCUGUUGAACAUGUUUGGAUGAAUAAUUGUAAAGAAAAUAUACCACAAUUAAAUAAAUCAUUAUGGAUUAAUUGUGGUUCAAAACAUAUGAAAGUUUGGUUACCUUUAUUACAUUCAUCAGUCUCACCAAAAUCAUCUUAUAUUGAUGAUAGAGCAUUUUUAUCUCGUAGAAUAAUGCUUUCAUUAAAUACAAAUAUUUAUCCUUUAAUUAUAAGUUCUGAUUACUUAACCUCGGGGAUAAAAAGUGUUUGCUCAAUAAUUAAAGAAAAUAAUGAUAAAAAUAAUGAAGAUGUAACUGUAAUUUUUUCCUCAACAAGAGAUAAUGAAGUAUUUAUACAUCAACUUCUUAAACAACUUUUAAAAAGAAAUUUAGGUAUUUAUUCAUUAGAAAUAGCUACACAUUGUAAAAAUUUACCAUAUUUUCAACAUGCUUUAGAAUUGUUACUUCAUAAUGUUUUAGAAGAAGAAGCAACAUCUUCUGAACCAACUCCAGAUCCAUUAAUGCCACGUGUUGUUGCAUUUAUAAAAGAAUUUCCUGAAUAUCUUCAAACAAUUGUACAUUGUGCUAGAAAAACUGAAUUAGCAUUAUGGACAUAUUUAUUUAAUGCUUGUGGCCAUCCAAAAGAAUUAUUUAGAAGGUGUCUUGAAGAAGAGUUACUUGAUAUUGCUGUAAGUUAUUUAAUUGUCUUACAAAGUACCGAAAGUAAUUAUUCAUCUAUUCAACAAGCAUCUGUCUUAUUUGAAGAAGCUCUUAUUAAAAGAAAGUGGGAAAUUGCUAGAGAUAUUAUACGCUUUCUUAAAAGUAUAGAUCCUUCAGACAUGUGUGAUAUGUUUUCUGGGGUCAAUGUUAGUCAAAAAUUAUCACAACAAAGAGGAAAGACAGGUAUUUGUAAUAUUCAACAAUAUUCUGAAGAUUCAUUUGAUUAUAUGUUUAAUGAAGGUCCAUUAGUUGUUAAGCGCAAAGAUAAUAUUAAUAAAUCAGAACCAUCAUCACCAAUAUCUGAUGGUAUUAGAAAUGAUUCAAUUGUAUCAAAUGAUGAUGAAAGAAAUCCAUUAAUGAUAAUGCAUUCGAAUUCAUCAAAAGCAGUAUCAAUACCAAAUUAUUUAAAUUAUAUAUUAAAACAACAUGCAAAUUACUUACUAGAAGAUUACUCAUUACGUGACUUAGCUGCUUUCUCAAUUCAUUUAAAUUAUGAUUUAGUAACAUUUUUUAAAGAUCAUGUAAAAAAUGAAAGAAAAACAAUAAGAAAUUUUUCACUUGCUUUAUUAAAAUUACAUUCACAAUUUCAUUGGCCAUUCCCAGUACAGGAGGAUGUUAUUGCAGAUUCAUUAUCCCUUAAACUUGGUGAUAUAAUAAAUGUUAAAGUUAAUGGUUUUGAUUUUGAUACAAAUGAUAAUAAGUCAACAACUUCAAUGAUAUCAAAUGAUGACACUAUUAGUCAAAUAUUUGUUGAUUCAGAUAUUUUUCAAAGAAGUAAAGUAAGUAUCAAAAGUAAAAAUGAAAUAAUAUGGAUAUUAAAUAAAAUAAUAACAGCUGGAUCAUAUGAAUGGAUAUUUCUUUUUUCUGUUUUUUCAAAAAAUUUUGAUUUAUUUAAAAAAUCAUUAAAUAUAAUCAAAAAAGAAAUGGUUUUGUCGCUUCAAACAGUUCACCAUAUUCAAAAUGGUUAUGAGCAUCUUGUUCAAUGGUCAAAAAUAAAUUGUAUAGGAUAUUCUAAUUUUCUUGAAACAAUAAGUUACAGUAUCAAAAAUAUGAGUGAUAUUAUGUCUUUUCAAAAUAAUUGUCACCAUUUAUUAGCAGGAAAAAAAAAUAUUACUACUAUAAAUUUAAUAUAA